AUGCUGAAGCGCACCAAAUACAGUCGUCUGCGCAACGAUUCGUUGACGUCUCUGGAGGAUCGACCCCAAAAAAUGCUGCCCCUGAAGAGGGACCUUUGCUUGGACUCUGAUUUUGCUCAGCUGGAUCCCGGGACGCCUGCACACCAUGGGCCAUCCACCCUGAGGGACUUCAUCCCCCGUGUGGCUAACAUUCGAUUACAAAGUCCUAUUUCCCUGCGGGGCCUAAGGGGACAGACAAACACACCUGGGGACAGAACCAUUGAUGGACAUGCUGACAGACCCUUGUCCAGAACAGAGUGGGGCUCAGGACAUAAUCAGACAUUUUGUAGCCAACCUUCCUUGCCACUAUCCACUGUCCAAAACCUAACUCAUUCGGCUCUGCACAACACAAAAAGACCCAUCACCCUGCAUCGGAUGGCCAGCCUCCCCUGGACCCCGGGCUGUCCCCCUUUCUCCCAACACAAAGGUGGUUUGUGCUGUUUGAAGACUUUCUCUGCAAUAGAGGAUUGCACAAUGGUGGGGACAGCAAACAGAGCAGUUCACCAUCACAUCAAGUACAUGGGUAGUGUAGAGGUGACCCAGUCCAUGCGAACCCUCGACUUUGAUACGAGAAUGCAAGUCACACGAGAGGCAAUCAGCAGACUGUGUGAGAGGACAUCCGCCAAGACGGCAGUGAAAACUAAAAGGCCUUCAUUUAAAGGAUUGUCUGCUGUUCUGGGUCAAAUCAACCUGCAGUUUUCUGGGAGCAGGAUCAUCCUCACUGUCUCCAUCGACAGCAUGACUCUGAUCGCUGCCUCUUCCUUACAGAAGAUUGCCCACCACCCCAUGCAGGCCAUUUCAUUUGCCUCAGGAGGAGACCCAGACAUGGCAGAUUACAUUGCUUAUGUUGCUAAGGACCUGGUCAACCAGAGAGCAUGUCACAUCUUAGAGUGUCCGAAGGGUCGGGCCAGUGAGGUCAUAAACAGCAUCGGUCAGGCCUUUGAGACUCGUUUCCGCCAACUUCUCAGCCAUACACCGUCACUCCACUCAACUAAUCCCAGGUCAGUGGUGAGAAUCUGCACCAACUGGAGCCCAGAGGAGACCAUAACAGACCAGAAAGACAAACAGGAUGAUGAAGUCAGCGAGCACCGAAACUACUAUAACGUGAUUCCAGGAAAGACACCACCUCCUGGUGGAAUAGUGGACCUGCGGCUCACAAGAGGAGAACAUGAACAGGAUUCUGGCACACAGAGGGUUUGUUCAUCUCAGCCCGUUUCAUUGUAUGAGAACUGCUCCAUCACAGAAGAGACUCCAGCUCCACCUGCAGUGGAAUCUGCGGUCAGUCCUGAACAGUGUGCUCCUUUGUCUGAAAUAUGGAUCCAGAACCUGAUCCAGGAGGAGGGCUGGUUUCAUGGCAGGUUAGGAAGAGAGCAGGCAGAGUCUCUUCUCACCUGCGAUGGGGAUUUCUUGGUCAGAGAGAGCAGCUCUGCCUCCGGUCAGUAUGUCCUCAGUGGUAUGGAGGGAUCCACCGUGCGUCACCUACUUCUGGUUGAUCCACACGGACAGGUUGUGUGUGUUUUUGUGCAUGCAGGUACGGACCCGUGAUCAGGUGUUCCUGAACGUCGGUCACCUGGUGCGUUUCCACAUGGAGAGCCAGAUGCCCAUCGUCUCUGGGUGCAGUGA